AUGGCCAAAGGAGGAGGGGGGUCGGGAAUACCGACAGAGGGUUGGGGUGAAUAUCUUCAAUACAGCUUCGGCAGCGAAUAUGUUGUACGCAAUGCCGCUAUCGGCGGCAGAAGCGCGAGGUCAUUUACCCGCGAGGGCCGGUUCGCGGCCGUCGCCGAUGUGGUCAACCCAGGCGACUGGGUCGUUAUCGAAUUCGGUCACAACGAUGGAGGCAGUCUUAGCACCGAUAACGGGCGUACCGACUGUCCGGGAGACGGCGACCAGACGUGUGAGACGACGUACAACGGCGUCCAAGAGACGGUUCUGACGUAUCCUGCGUAUUAUAAGAACGCCGCGAAGCUGUUCCUCGAAAAGGGGGCAAAGGUCAUCCUCAACUCGCCCACCCCUAACAAUAUUUGCGAGACCGGCACCUGCGUCGACGACGUUUCUCGAUUCGACUAUUACGCGUGGCUCGCUGCCGCCCAGCUGGCAAGCCCAUCUGUUUUCCACGUACCCCACAAGGCCUACGCGGUUCAAGUUAUGAAGAACCUGGGGCCCUCGACUGUCAACGCUGGCUAUCCAAAGGACCACACGCACACGGGAGCCUACAUGGCCGAUGUCAUGGCAGGUAGCUUUGUCCUAGGCCUGAAGUGUGGGACAUCAGCACUCGGUGCGGCUGUUAAGAAUUCAACCGAGUCCUUGACGACUUCGAUUUACGGACCAUGCAUACCACAGAAUAGCACUGUGCCCAUUUAG